AUGCAGCCACUCUUCACGUGUGCGAUUGGCGGCAUCCUGCCCUUCGGCGCCGUCUUCACGGAGCUCUUUUUCAUCAUGUCGUCGCUGUGGCAGCAUCAGUUCUACUACCUCUUUGGUUUCCUUGCCCUGGUGCUUGUCAUUCUGUUGAUCACCUGUGCAGAGAUCUCUAUCGCGCUGACGUACUUUCAGUUAACGGCCGAAAACUACAACUGGUGGUGGAGGUCCUUUUUGGCGAGUGGCUCCUCUGCUGUUUACGUCUUCCUCUACUCCAUGAUGUACUUUAGCAGCCGGUUACAGAUCGACAAAGUGGUGUCUACACUCCUGUACUUUGGAUACAUGGCCAUUAUGUCGCUCCUCUUCGGGCUGCUGACCGGUUCUAUUGGCCUGAUCUCCUCCUUCUUCUUCGUCAGGACCAUCUACGGGUCCAUCAAGGUGACGCAUGGAAGCCAGCACGAAGUCUGGGUGGUUGCAGGGUUUCCGUGGCAGCAUUCUGCCGUAGCCAGCUGCAGGCCCCGCCCUUCAGCAGCGCAUGACCGGAGCGAGGUGUCACCGGCAGUGAUCCGGGUCUCAGACAUGUCGGUGUCGAACGGCGAGGGAACCCUGGGGGCAGAGCCAGGACACAGCCAGGACUCUACCUCCAAGCAACAGCCGCAGCCGCCGCCGUCCGUGGGAAAGUCCGUUCGCGCGACGCUCGCGAGCCUGGACUGGCCACCACCCCCGAGCCCUGCCACGCUUCUGCGACCUAGUAGUAGUGCUGCUGACCACAGCCGAUCCUUGGCCCUCAGCGCCAGCACUCCGACGCUGGCAUUUUCAGAGUCCCAGGCUGCCUUGAGGGCCAAUGAGCUUGCCAACAGAAAGGAACUUUGGAAUUUGCGCGCAGAUAUCGAGAAGGAGAAGCUGCGUCAUGUGGCGCCUUUUCCCUUCUUCGGGCGGGCAAUGCGCUUCCAGGACAAGUUUGCGGCGCUUCAGAUCACUGACGACGGUCGUUUUAGCUAUUCCUUCGUGGGCUUGAACCAUGAGGUGGAUGUUGAGGAUUCAGAGCCCGUUUUGGUCGAAGAUGACCCAAAGAGCCGGGUGCGCACCUAUGAGGGCAUCCUUGUCUCCACCCUGGAGGAAGAGCCACUAGAACCAGUGGCUGAGCUGGAGCCGGAAGGCACAGCCACGAUCCAGGGGCUCGCCAUGUUGCGCCACGAGAUCGAGGAAGUGGGUGGCCGAGCCCGUCUUGUGAAUGUCAGCCGGAGCAGUAGUCGCUUUGCGAUUGUCGUCAGUCCAUACUUUCAGCCAAACAUGGCUGUCGUGCAUUCCUUGCACCUGUCCUUGUCCCCCCGGCGGCCAAGGAGAACACAGCUCCCAUUCGUCGGGAGCGGUACGAAGAGGGACGCGCGAGCGUCCACAAUGAAGUCGGGUGAUAUUUGGCGGCUGACCCAGGAAAGGCGACGGGCGCCCAAGCCCAAGUUCUCCAAGUCGGGGUCCACCGGCAUGCUUCCGGCCGCUGCUCCCAGCCCUAAGCCUGGCGAGACGAGGCAGUCCAUGUUCUCCAAGCCGAGCAACUCCAUGCCACAGUUGCCCGCUCUGGUUGAGAAGAAGGACAAGAAGGAUGGCAAGGCAAGUUUGGUCUUGUGCCAGAAGGGCCCGGGAGUUGACGACUGUGUCGGACUGGCGGGACUUCUACAAGCAGAGGGCGCAGGAGCUGCUCGGCUCUUGAUGCGCCAGGGCCAGGCUCAGGCCUGCGCAGAUGUAGGCGGAAUUCGGUACGACUGCCUGCCGGACGAGCAGGUCACCUGCAAUUGGCAUGCUUUGCAAUCAAAGCAUACGACUGCGAAAGCUGUCCAUGCUCCUGAAGCAUCGCUGGCCAUGGGAGCAACAUCGGCUGGUGUCUCGUUUUUUCUAUUGCGAUCACUCGCAUCGCAGCCGGCUUCAUCCAAGCACGAGGGCCCAACGGCACAGUUGUCCGACUUCACCACAGAUGUUUCCUUCGAGGCUUUGCAUACCGCACUAAAUUGUGGCAUUCUAGACAAGGCUGAGGACGGUACCAUUCCCAUCCAACUCUUCCGCUUCCGUUUCGUGUUGGCCCGAUUCCUGGAGGUGAGCGACAAGUUUCACGCAUCGACGGAUGAAGAGCGGAGUGCCCGGAAGACAUUCCAGAUGCUUCUCAUGUGGGCCGACGUUGCCGAAUGUGUGCUCCGCUGUGCCCUGAGCACCGUUCUCACGAACGAGAUGCGCCGGGGCCUGGUGCAGACGCUGAGCCGACUCGGCGACCGCUCCGAGCAGCUUGCGGCAAUCGAUGCUCUCAGCGAGAAAGCCCUUGGCCUCACGGGCCGUCGAGCUGCAACCCCCACCCCCGGUCCCCGACCGCCCUCGUCUUGGGCCGCGGACGGAGGACAUGCAGCCGUGGCAAUGCCGCAAGACUCCACUGACGAACCCUUCAUCAUCUGGUCGCCUCUUGUUGACAGCCAUCUUGGUGUGAAGCACGUUGACGAGCUGCGCACCAAGGAUCGCAGGAGUUUGAUCCUGGAGAUCCCAAGCACCUUGAAGACCUCUUCAUCGCUUCCUUCACUGAACCCUGCUGGUGAGGCACGUCCGAACGGCUCGCAUCCGAGACAGCGAAGCAAGGCUCUGCCCGACUAUGCGCCGCACCUUCGCAGGUCGGCUUUGAACAUGGGUAUGCCGUCCCAACUGACCACGACAUACAUGGCCCAAUGCAGCAUCCCGGUUCAGAAAGCGGUGGACCCAAAGUGGUCGACGGAGCUGAAGCGAGCUGAUUGGCGAAAUGCACAGCGGAUUCAGUCAUGA